UGGCGGCGCGCUGGGAGCGUAGCAUCUGCGUUUCUAAGAGCUGGGCGCUGUGGGGAUUACUAUUUCGGAGUUGAACGAGCCCCCGCCAGGCCCGUUGUUGUCGAACGGGAACAUCGGCCUCAGAGAUGGCUUUGAGUAAGUCAAUGCAUGCAAGAAAUAGAUACAAGGACAAACCUCCUGACUUUGCAUAUCUGGCAUCCAAAUAUCCAGAUUUUAAACAGCAUGUUCAGAUGAACCUGAACGGAAGAGUAAGUCUUAAUUUUAAAGACCCUGAAGCAGUCAGAGCUCUGACUUGUACUCUCCUAAAGGAAGAUUUUGGACUUUCUAUUGAUAUUCCAUUGGAGAGACUAAUUCCCACAGUUCCCUUGAGACUCAACUAUAUCCAUUGGGUAGAAGACCUGAUCGGCCACCAGGAAUCUGACAAAAGUACUCUCCGAAGAGGAAUUGACAUAGGAACUGGGGCCUCCUGCAUCUACCCUUUACUUGGAGCAACUUUGAAUGGCUGGUAUUUCCUUGCAACGGAAGUGGAUGAUAUGUGUUUCAACUAUGCCAAGAAAAAUGUGGAACAGAAUAACUUAUCUGACCUAAUAAAAGUGGUGAAAGUACCCCAGAAGACACUCCUAAUGGAUGCUCUCAAGGAAGAAUCUGAAAUAAUCUAUGACUUUUGUAUGUGCAAUCCUCCCUUUUUUGCAAACCAGUUGGAAGCUAAGGGGGUAAACUCUAGAAAUCCUCGAAGGCCUCCACCUAGUUCUGUCAAUACAGGAGGAAUCACAGAGAUCAUGGCAGAAGGAGGUGAAUUAGAGUUUGUUAAAAGGAUCAUCCAUGACAGUUUACAGCUUAAAAAACGAUUAAGAUGGUAUAGCUGUAUGCUGGGGAAGAAAUGCAGCCUGGCUCCACUAAAGAAAGAGCUUCGCAUCCAAGGGGUUCCUAAAGUCACCUUCACUGAGUUCUGUCAAGGUCGGACAAUGCGAUGGGCUUUAGCUUGGAGUUUUUACGAUGAUGUCACUGUACCAUCACCACCAAGUAAACGAAGAAAGUUAGAAAAACCAAGGAAACCCAUUACGUUUGUAGUGUUGGAGUCUAUGAUGAAAGAAUUAGCCCUGAAAGCAUCCUCUUUGGGCUCUGAAACAGUGGAGGGCAUCGUGGUUGUGACUACCUGGAUAGAGAAGAUUCUCACUGACCUGAAGGUCCAGCACAAACGAGUUCCCUGUGGAAAUGAGGAAGUGAGCCUUUUCCUGACAGCCAUAGAAAACUCAUGGAUUCAUUUAAGGAGAAGGAAAAGAGAGCGAGUGAGACAGCUAAGGGAGGUUCCUCGAGCCCCUGAGGACGUCAUUCAAGCCUUGGAAGAGAAAAAGUCCACCCCUAGAGGCUCAGGCAGCAGCCAGGAUAUGGCCCAGGCCUCCCGGGAGAGUGCCCUUUGUGGGUCUGCUCUGCCUGAAGGCGAAUCUGCCACUGUGGAUGGCCACUGCCCAAGUCAGGAGUCACUGUCCCAAGAGGAAAUCCCAGAAGCCAUGGAGGAUGAAAGGAGUGAGGAAAGGGGAGGGAUGGCCAUUGUGGAAAGCUGCAUGGGCUCCAGCAAUGGAGCCCAGGACCAAGAGGCUUCUGAGCAGUUGGGAAGCACCGUGGUUGAGAAGGCAAAGCACCUCCAAGGAACAGCUGGACCGUACCUGUUCAAGUGUUUGAUCAAAGUUAAGAAGGAAGUGGAUGACACACUAGUUGAAAUGCAUUGGGUUGCGGGCCAGAACAGAGAUUUGAUGAACCAGCUCUGUACCUAUAUUCGUAACCAAAUUUUCAGGCUUGUUGCCAGUUAACUCUCAAAUUCUUGCACAGUUAGAGGUGUCUAUGGGACUGGGAGUGUAACUGAGUGGCAGAGUGUAUUCUUAGCAUGCAGGAGGCCCUAAGUUCAAUCUUCAGCACAGAGAGAGAGACAGAGAGAGAGAGAGAGGAAAGAUUUAUAAAACAGCCUACUUUGGAGGAACCUGUUGGGUAGCACUAUGAUAGCAUUUUAAAAAGCAGAAACCAGUCCAUCCAUUUUAACCCCCUCCCAACUUCUUAAGUCAUGGGUUUUAUAACUUUUGGGGAGAACUGUGAUUGUCAACAGCAAAAGGCUGUCAGUAAACUCAGAAGGGAUGUCAAGCUCAGUCAGGCUGGUCACCUCAGCUUUGGACUAGUUCUUUUUGAGGCCAGAAGGACUGUUUAUGUCAUCUAGUCUGGCCAGUGGUCAACAUUACCGAGAAUGCAAGGAGAGUUGGAAUACUCAUCCUAGACUGGAGGCAGUCCAGUGGGACUGAGGCCCAGGCCUUCUCUAGUGUCACCUUCAAGACUGAAGCUGGGUUAAUAUGACUGGUUAGUACUGUCCAGACCCCCAGAGAGGAGCUGGUCCCAUAGUAGGUUGCAGGAGAGUCAGGAAGAGAGGCAUUAGUUAGGCCAGGCAGAAGGACCCAUCUGGGAAUGCCUAAGAAACGGUGCACUCCUGGCUUGAUGCUGCUUGGAUGUUGCCCAGUUCAGACGCAGAAUUAGGUAAGCAACAUUCCGAUACAUGACUGAGACUUACCAGUGCUCCUUUCCCCAUCUCCACCCUGGUGAAAGUACCAGAUGUGGCAGUUGUAUUGCUUUGUGAUUUUUGUUUCAACCUGUGAAGUGGAGCUUGUUUUGUUUUUAAUAUAUGAACAUUCAUAAUCGAAAACUGUCAAUCCUGUUUGGGUCUUGGGGUUAGGGAAAAUAUUUUCUUGCCUUUGAGUGGGUAAAUGGUUGAUGAUAGAAAUGAGAAAGGGAACAAAGUCUGAAGCUCCGUGGUUGAAUACUCACCGUGUGCAUGUGAAGUCCUGGGCUCAGUUGCCAGCACUGCAUGAUUCUCUUACAGGUGUGAGCCCCCACACCUGGCUUCCUCCUGCAAUUAUUUCUGAAAGCCCCUUGAACAUAUGUCUGUUCACAACCUCCUCUAGGGAGGAGUGGGAGAAGUUAGACCCAUGACAAGGGAGUGGGAUCAAUAAUCCAUUUCAAAUAACCAUUAUUCAAUUCCAGCCAUUCAACAGGAUGCAGAAACCCAUCAGGGGUCCAUAGAGUCAAUAUUCAGCCCAGAGCCUUGGGUUCCUCCCAGGGCCUUAAAUUCCUGCCUCUAGUAAUGUUUGGCUCUGCCACACUUAUUCCCUUUCCAUGUUUGGGUUGUAUAUGGGGCCCAGACCUACCUUUUUUUUAAAUGACAUUUUAGGAUCUUUGAGUUAUAUGGCAACCAUCAGUAAGUAGUCAAUAAGUGUUUAUUGUUUUGUUUAUUGUUAUUAAAGAGUAUCAUAAGCUCAAAGAUUUAGAAUAAAUGCACUGGAGAUGUGUGUCAGUGAUAGAUGGCUUGACUAGCAUGCAUGCAGCCCUGGGUCCAAUGCCAGCCCUGGGGGAAAUGACUCCUGGUCUGGCCUUCUCUAGCACAACCACUGUGGGUCAGUGAUCUAGAGAAGACAGGCGGUGCCAACUGACCAUACUUCCACUGUCUAUUUGGUUUCAUACUGUACAUCUUCCUUUAGUAAGUGCUUUUUUGUAUGUUACAACAGUAGUAUUGUAUUUACACUGCUUGCCUGAUGAGAAGGUCCUCAGGCAGAGAAUCAGGCUUCUUGCCUAUUUGUAGGGAUUUUCAGAGAACAGUGUAUGUGGCUAGAAACUCAAGAAAUUGUGUCUAGGUCUUUAUAUGAUCCAGGCUGGAGGCAUGUUGUGGAAGUUUGUGCAGGAGUUGAGGUAAUGAUCCUAGAAUUAAAAAAGAAAUGUGACAAGGUUGAUGUCCAGAGUCUGGAAAACUAGAGCUAUGAAUGCCUUCUUCACCUUUGGAUGUCAUUUCCUUUCUCUGAGGAGAAAAGUUUAUUUCUCAAACUGUCUAAUGAGAGACACUGAGAACAUUAAAGAGAUUGUUUGCAUUCUGCAUGGCUUUCUAGUCAUGAGAUGUUUGUGAAGGCAUAUUCCUUCAAUGCAGGGAAAGAAACCAUUUAAACAAAUAGGUUACCAACUCACAUGUUCAGUGUUGGAUGACAGUCUCCCUAAGUGUCUGAGGUCAGCUUCAUGUUGGUCUUGGUAGAUUGGUAUGAAAUUAAAUCUUGGUGGAAUUAUCUUAAAUUCUAUUCUAGUCCCUGGCAUUGGCUUCUGAUGUCUUGAUAGCUAAAAUGGGAACAGAGGCUGAGCUUGUUUACCAGGGAACUAAAGCUGCUUUUGUUCUUUGGGAUCUGCUUUGGUUUUAUCAGUUUGGUUCCUUCACCCCACAUCCUUGCCCACUGUUCCCACUGUAGAGCUUUGCUGCCCGUCCUGGCGUGUCUGGUUGUUUUGUGAAGGAGUUUGAGCUAAUCUUAAGGGUUCAUAUUGAUUGCUUUAGUAUAUGUUUUUUGCACACAUAAAACCUCUCUUUUCUUGAUGGAAAUCAAAGCUUACCACGUGAGUACACCAGCUUCAAGCCUCUGACAAAAAUAUUAAAGAUGCAAGGUGUAGAAGAAAUGAAAAAGCCUGUGGAAUGUCUGAGGUCUUUUGAGAAAGGGAAUUAAUGAAUACUUGACUGGUUGUUGGAGCCUCUUAUUUGGCCAGCAGCACUUCCUUCUGCCGCCACAUAGGGGCACCCUCAGUCCUCUUAUCAAACGCCUUAACUUCACUGUGGAAAUGGAUAAAAUUGUGUCCAUGGAAUUUUCUUGAAAUACCUAGUUGCUACCCAGAUAAGUAUUUUUAUGUAAACAAAUACAAUUUUACAUUAAAAUUUUUGAAAAAUAAAAGAAAAAAACCUCUA